CGACAUCGUUUCGUUGCUCUGUGUAAGACGCUCACCCCUAUAGACGUUGACAUUCAUCUCACUUUUAACUACUUUUAGAAAUGCGCGAAUGUAUCUCAAUUCACGUUGGACAAGCCGGAGUCCAGAUCGGCAACGCCUGCUGGGAGUUAUAUUGCCUGGAACAUGGGAUUCAGCCUGACGGCCGUAUGCCCACUGACAAGACAAAUGGUGGAAAUGAUGACUCGUUCAACACAUUCUUCUCAGAAUGCGGAUCUGGCAAGCAUGUCCCGAGAGCUAUAUUUGUCGAUUUAGAACCGACGGUUGUAGAUGAAGUUCGUACGGGCACUUAUCGCCAACUUUUCCAUCCCGAGCAACUUAUCACUGGCAAAGAAGAUGCUGCCAACAACUAUGCUCGUGGGCAUUACACCAUUGGAAAGGAGAUUGUUGACUUGGUGCUGGACCGUAUCCGCAAGCUCUCUGACCAAUGCACUGGCCUUCAGGGAUUCCUCAUCUUCCACUCUUUCGGUGGAGGCACUGGAUCUGGAUUCACUUCCCUUCUUAUGGAACGUCUCUCCGUCGAUUUUGGAAAGAAAUCAAAGUUGGAAUUCGCCAUCUACCCGGCCCCUCAGGUCUCUACUGCUGUCGUAGAGCCGUACAACUCGAUCUUAACUACUCAUACUACUCUGGAACAUUCUGACUGCGCUUUUAUGGUUGAUAACGAGGCAACCUACGAUAUUUGUCGCCGAAACUUGGACAUUGAGCGUCCUAGCUACACCAAUUUGAAUCGCUUGAUUGGACAGAUUGUCUCUUCCAUCACGGCGUCUCUUCGCUUCGAUGGUGCACUUAACGUCGACUUGACAGAAUUCCAGACCAACUUGGUCCCCUAUCCUCGUAUCCAUUUCCCCCUCGUCACCUACGCUCCAGUCAUUUCGGCUGAGAAGGCUUACCAUGAGCAGCUGACCGUUGGAGAGAUUACCAACGCUUGCUUCGAGCCUGCCAACCAGAUGGUCAAGUGCGAUCCUCGCCAUGGCAAGUAUAUGGCUUGCUGCAUGUUAUACCGCGGGGAUGUCGUCCCCAAAGAUGUCAAUGCAGCAAUUGCCACCAUUAAAACUAAGCGUUCUAUCCAAUUUGUUGAUUGGUGCCCAACUGGUUUCAAGGUCGGUAUCAACUAUCAGCCCCCAACAGUUGUACCUGGCGGUGAUCUGGCCAAGGUUUCCCGAGCUGUUUGUAUGUUGUCUAACACUACUGCUAUCGCUGAAGCUUGGGCUCGUUUGGAUCACAAAUUUGAUCUGAUGUACGCCAAACGUGCUUUUGUUCAUUGGUACGUGGGAGAGGGUAUGGAGGAAGGAGAGUUUUCGGAGGCUCGUGAAGAUCUCGCCGCUCUCGAAAAAGAUUAUGAAGAGGUCGGAAUGGAUUCUGUUGACGGUGAAGGCGAAGGCAACGACGAAUAUUAAAUCAAUCCUCUAUUGCGUAAGAUAUCGUGUACCAUUUAACCUAGCGGCACAUGCUUGCUUUCUAGCUUUCCUGGUAUAUUCAUCUGCCAUAUAUUUGAUGACUUUAAAGUAAAUACCUAAAUUCUGGCGUUA